AUGUCUUCAACUUCUACCGUCGGGCCACCACACUUCAACUCGUUUGAGAAACAACGACGAUGGAUGCUUGAACAUCUGGCUGGUGCCUUCAGAGUCUUUGCCCGUAAGGGCUAUACUGAAGGACUGGCAGGCCACAUCUCUCUGAGAGACCCUGAACAUUCAGAUUGCUUCUGGACGAAUUCUAUUGCACAUCACUUUGGUCUCAUGAAGGUUUCCGACCUAAUUUUGCUUAACCACAACGGAGAGGCAAUUGGCGGCAAUACUCGCAAGCCAGCCAACGCAGCAGGCUUCCAAAUUCACAGUCACAGCCAUCACGCUCACCCCCACUUCAACGCUGCCUGUCACGCCCACUCGAUCAACGGUCGUGCAUGGGCAAGCUUUGGAAAGCGGCUGGAUAUGCUUCAUCAAGACGUCUGCAACUUCUAUGGGGAUGCGCAUCAGGUAUAUCAAGAUUUCGGUGGAGUCGUCUUAGAUCCGAAAGAAGGAGAUAGGCUGGCAACCACACUUGGCCCAAGAGGCAAAGGACUCAUCCUGCAAAACCACGCCUUGUUGACUGUUUGGAAGACGGUUGUCGAGGCAGCCUACCUCUUCUCUCUUCUAGAAGCCUGCUGUGAGAUUCAACUCAAGGUUGAAGCCGCAGGCCUCGAGAAGAUUCUGGUCAAAGAGGAGGCAGCAAGGUACACCUACGAGAUUACAAGCAACCCGGAUGGACUUUACACAGACUUCCAGCCGGACUACGAGUUUGAGCUAGCCGCCUGUAAUGGGGCAUUUUUGGAGUGA